GAGCAGAAUGGAAAUGGAAGAAGGUGGGAGCAGGGGUGCAAAGAGAAGGGGAUGCACGUUUCAGAAAAACGAUUUCUUCCCGGAGGAAUCGUUUAAGAGUUGGGGUAACUACGGAAAAGCGCUGAGGGAGACACCGUGGAGGUUUAAGGAUCGGGUUAUGACCCGAUCCAAGGACGAGACGGAGGUGGUGGAGAUGAAGGGGAGGAGCGGCAACGAGAUGAAGAAGACGCUCAACUCGUGGGAUCUCAUAUGGUUCGGCAUCGGCGCCGUCAUCGGCUCCGGCAUAUUUGUUAUUACCGGCCUCGAGGCUCGUGAGGUUGCCGGUCCAGCUGUCGUCUUGUCCUACGUUGCUUCCGGCAUCUCCGCCUUGCUCUCCGUCUUCUGCUACACCGAAUUCGCCGUCGAAAUUCCCGUCGCAGGUGGGUCAUUUGCAUACUUAAGAGUGGAACUGGGAGACUUCGUGGCCUUCAUGGCCGCCGGAAACAUCCUCCUGGAGUACGUAAUAGGCGGCGCCACCAUAUCGCGGUCAUGGACCUCCUACUUCGCCACCCUAUGCAACCACCACCCAGACGAGUUCCGCAUAAUAGUCCCCAACAUGAACCCCGACUACGGCCACCUGGACCCCAUAGCCGUGGUGGCCCUCAUCGCCAUAGCCACCCUCGCAAUGUGCAGCACCAAAGCCUCCUCCCUCUUCAACAACAUCGCCACGAUACUCCACUGCCUCGUCAUCGUCUUCGUCAUCGUCGCCGGAUUAAUCAACGCCAACCCACAAAACCUGACUCCCUUCGCACCCUUCGGCGCCCGCGGCGUCUUCAAGGCCUCGGCGGUUCUCUUCUUCGCCUACCUCGGCUUCGACGCGGUGGCGACAAUGGCAGAGGAAACCAAGAACCCUGCUAGAGACAUUCCCAUUGGACUUGUCGGGUCCAUGACGAUAACAACGUUGGUGUAUUGCUUAUUGUCUUUAACACUAUGUCUUGUGCAGUCAUACAAGGAAAUUGACGUGGAUGCACCGUUUUCUGUUGCUUUUAACGCUGUUGGGUGGGAUUGGGCUAAGUACAUCGUUGCAUUGGGAGCGUUGAAGGGAAUGACCACUGUUUUGCUAGUGACUAUAGUUGGUGAGUCUCGUUACUUGACACACAUUUCACGUACUCACAUGAUGCCACCUUGGUUUGGCCACGUGGAUGACAAGACGGGGACGCCGGUGAAUGCUACAAUAGCAAUGCUCACAGCAACGUCAGUGGUUGCUUUCUUCACAAACUUUCGUGUUCUCUCUAACCUCUUGUCGAUUUCCACUCUCCUUAUUUUCAUGCUAGUGGCCGUGGCGCUUCUAGUUAGGCGAUAUUACUCGAGUGGGGUAACAACAAAGGAGAAUCAAGUGAAGUUUGUUGUGUGCCUUGUGCUAAUAUUUGGGGCUUCGUGUGGCGUUUCGGCUUAUUGGGCAAACAGUGAUGGGAUUAUUGGGUACGUGAUUUGUGUGCCUUUAUGGGUUUUAGGGACCGGAGGGCUUUGGCUUGGUGUUCCAAUGGCCAAGAAACCCAAAGUUUGGGGGGUGCCUUUGGUUCCGUGGCUACCUGCUUUGUCUAUUUUUAUCAACAUUUUCCUUCUUGGCUCUAUCGACCUCGACUCCUAUAUUAGGUUUGGGGUGUGGACGCUGUUGCUCUUGCUUUACUAUGCUCUUGUUGGCUUGCAUGCUUCUUAUGACACGGCAAAGGACUUUGAGAGUCUAAGUAAUAUUACUACUAAUCAGGUUCAUGACCAAGACUUAAACCAUGUGGAACAGGGACUGCAAACCCAAAAGGCUACUACAUAGGAUCAAAAAACUUGUUUCACUUGUCUGUGAAUAGAAAGCAACAU